CGGCCGUUGGGGCGGCCGAGCCCGCACGCGCCGGAGCGGCGGCGCUGAGCGCAGAGCGAGCGCGGAGCACGGCGAGGAAGCGACGCGCCGCUGCCUGCGGUCCGAGGCGCCCCACGCUGCGUGGGCGGGGAGAGAGAGAGAAAGAAAGGGAGAGGGAGAGAGCGGCAGGCAGGCAGUGCAGCGCAGCGCGGCAGAUAAAGGACAGAGACAGGCAGAGAGGAGCGAGAGGGAAUCCAGUCAGGCACCGAGGGAGAGCGGACAGGCAGCGCUACAGGCAGGGGCAGGCGACGGCAGCCCGGCGGCGGACCAGGGGCGAAGCGAGAGCGGAGCGGGGAGAGGCGAGGCGGCGGGAGGCGGCCGGCGGGUCGGGCGGCGGCGGCGGCGCCGCCGCGGCCGCGGCCACCGCGCCCCGGCCACCAGCGCGGCGCGGCGGAUCUCCUCCCGGGGAGGAGGCGGAGGCGGAGGAAGAGACGAUGUCUUGUGGGAAGACGGGCACUGUACUGUAACAGCCGCGUUAUCUGCCGCAAAAUAAACAAACCCGCCAACCAAAAAUACCCAACAAACAAACAAACAAACCAAAAAUAACCCGAGCCACCAAGACGCUGGGGGCAGAUCCCGUUUUCAGGCAAGUGAAGGAGGAUCACAGUCCAGGACUUACAGUCAUAUCGUUAGGUUGACUAUGAUCCGUCAAACUCUCUGAAGGACCACAUGGAGAUUGGCACUCUGAACUGUUAAUGGGGACAUGGGACUCACGUUGUCGUUGAUCAUUUGUGUGGACUUUGCCAGCGAAGAGCAACAGAAGACGCUAGAAAGACGGUGGGAAUUAUAGCAGUUUUUCAGGUCACCAAAUCUUGUUAUUUUAAUUUCUGUCUGGAAGAAUGUCUGAGCAAGGUAAAUCAAACCAGGAGACAGCAGAGGAAGCUGCGAAAGAGCAGGAGACUGUCAUCUCCGAAGGGAACACGGACAACUGUAUCCUUAAUAAAUCUGAAAGCUCGGAAGUAGAGGAGAAGGAGGAGAAGCUGAGCGAUGCCAAGACAGAGCUGCAGAAACGAGGUGCAAAUCAGAACCAGCAGAAAAAGAGAUCUAAGUCAGGAGCUAAGGGAAAACUCGUGCGGAGUCUUGCUGUGUGUGAAGAAUCAUCCCCUCGCCCGGGAGCGGAGAAUAUUCAUGAUAAUCAGGAAUCAAUCCAACUACAGCUUUCAAGUUUUCCUAGCUUGCAAGAAGAAGAUAAAUCUAGUAAAGAUGACUCCGAGAAAGAAAAAGAGAAGGAUAAAAAUAAAGAUAAAAACAGUGAAAAAACCAAGAUCAGAAUGUUAUCGAAAGAUUGCAGUCAAGAGUAUACAGACUCAACAGGCAUAGAUUUGCAUGAGUUUCUCAUUAACACAUUAAAGAAUAACCCCAGGGACAGAAUGAUACUCUUGAAAAUGGAACAGGAAAUUAUUGAUUUUAUUAGUGACAACAAUAAUCACUAUAAAAAGUUCCCUCAGAUGUCGUCAUAUCAGAGGAUGUUAGUGCACAGAGUGGCAGCUUACUUUGGAAUGGAUCACAAUGUGGAUCAGACUGGAAAAUCUGUAAUUAUCAACAAGACCAGCAAUACAAGAAUACCAGAGCAAAGGUUUUCUGAACAUUUAAAAGAUGAAAAAGGUGAAGAAUCCCAGAAGCGAUUUAUCUUGAAGCGAGAUAACUCUAGUAUUGAUAAAGAAGACAAUCAGCAAAACAGAAUUCUUCCAUUUAGAGAUGACAGACGAAGUAAAUCAAUUGAAGAGAGAGAAGAGGAGUAUCAGAGAGUGAGGGAGAGAAUAUUUGCACAAGAUUCAGUUUGCUCCCAGGAAAACCUUUUUGUGGAAAACAGUAGGCUGUUGGAAGACAGUAGUAUAUGCAAUGACACCCAUAAGAAAAGACAGCUGUUUAGGGGUAACAGAGACAGCACGGGAAAGGCAUCUGGCAGUCGACAGAGCAGUACGGAGAACGAACUGAAGUGGACAGACCACCAGAGGCCAUGGAGCAGCACAGACUCAGACAGCUCAAAUCGAAAUUUGAAGCCAGCCAUAACAAAGACAGCCAGUUUUGGUGGGAUAACCGUCCUGACAAGAGGAGAUAGCUCAUCAAGCAACAGAAGUACCGGCAAACUGUCUAAAACAGGUAGCUCAGAGUCUUCCAGCAGCGCUGGCUCCUCAGGAUCACUGUCACGAAUACAUCAGCCUCUCCAAAGUGCACCUCUUGUCCCCGGGGUGACGGCUAGCUCUUCAGGCAGCGUGUCCUACCCUGAGAAUGGGAUGAGUGGCCAGGUGGCCCCCAGCAACACCAGCUAUAUCAUUCUUCCACUUGAAGCUGCAGGGAUACCGCCUGGCAGCAUCCUUCUCAACCCACACACAGGUCAACCGUUUGUAAAUCCUGAUGGGACGCCGGCAAUAUACAAUCCUCCCAGUGGCCAGCAGACGAUGAGGAGCCAGAUGGUGGGACAGUCUCAGCAGCAGCCCUCAUCCCAGCAGCCGCAACAGGUUCAACAGCCACAGCAGCAAAUGGCAAGUCACCUUGUCACACAGCCUGUUCAGGCAAUGCAGCCAUCUUCUCAGUCAGUCCAAUAUCCAGCAGUUUCUUAUCCUCCCCAGCAUCUCCUGCCAGUCUCUCCAACGCAGCAGUUUUCUGUGCGAGAUGACAUGACAACGCAGUUUAACCAGAUGAGCUUAAGUCGUCAAUCAUCAGGAGACAACCCCGAAUCGCCUUCUGGUCCUGUCUACCCGUCGCCUAUCUUGCAGCAGCCUGCCCAGCAGACAGGUUACAUUAUGGCUUCCCCAAGUCAGCAGCUUCCCCCGGGAAGCUUUACAGGUUCAGGUCCACCAGUAUCCCAGCAAGUGCUGCAGCCGCCGCCGCCGCCCCAGGGCUUUGUGCAACCACCACCGCCACCUGCUCAGAUGCCAGUGUAUUAUUACCCAUCUGGUCAGUACCCUACCUCAACAACUCAGCAGUACAGACCCAUUGCCUCAGUUCAGUACAACGCACAGCGGAGUCAACAGAUCCCACAGACUGCACAGCAAGCAGGUUACCAGGCUGUCCUGCCGAACCAGCAGCAGGGGUUCCAGGGUCUUAUGGGAAUGCAGCAGCCGCCCCAAAGCCAGAACCUGAUGAAUAAUCAACAGGGAAAUCAGGUGCAAGGCAUGAUGGUGCAGUAUCCAGCCAUGUCGUCUUAUCAGGUGCCAAUGACCCAGGGUUCUCAAGGAUUGCCGCAACAAUCGUAUCAACAACCAAUCAUGCUACCUAAUCAAUCAGGUCAAGGAACACUUACAGCCACUGGAAUGCCUGUCUACUGUAAUGUCAUACCUCCUGCCCCACAGAACAACCUACGGUUGAUUGCCCCACACUGCCCCUCCAAUAACGUUCCAGUUAUUUCUGCCAGCUGCAGGACAAACUGUGCGAGCAUUAACAAUGCAGGGUGGCAGGUGAAGUACUGACACUGUGGCUUAGUGUGGAUAUACGAGGAUAGCGGUGCAUUAUUUGACAAAUAACUCAUGGCCUUCAAAUGAAGAGGAACACAACAGGAUAAUCAGUUGAGGACAUAAGUACUGACUAUGCUCAAGUGAUUUGCUGCUGGAAAAAUCUGUAAAAAAAAAUAAAAUAAAAUUUUGAAAAAAAAAAAUGUUUGCUGGUUAAUGGUGCAUAUUUUUGUCAUGUCUGCUAGGUAUGCCUUUAUAGCUUAGCUAGUGACAUGAAUUCAUUGAGGUAAGAUUUUUUCCUACCACGGAACACCACUGUGUAGAUUGUAAUAUCCCCGAUUCGGAUUAGUUUUGUACUUUGUGUUGAGUUUGUGAAGCUAAAAGUAUUUAAAAAUAUAAUAAAAUCACAUUGUACCAAAGCUGUAAUGGAAAUGAAAAAAAUGAGAACAAAAAAAGAAUUACUGAAUGGAAGGAAUAAUUUAUAUACACUAUAGAGUUUUUUAUGGAUAUAUACUGUAUUGUAGUGCUUAAUCACAAUAAAGUUAUUUGACCUCAUGGAGAAAGGUCAUGUUUCUA